AUGACUUCCAAUGAGAACUAUGCUGUAUUCCGCGAAUGUCUGUCUAAUGCCAUCGUGGCUCGCUCCGAGGAAAAACCAAAGCCAACACGACGGAAGCCAAAGGGCAAGCGGACUGAGCGCAAAGACGUAACAACAGCGACAACAGUCUCAUCCGGGAGAGCAGACCCAGAAGAGCUCGCCGAAUUUGUUGAUUUCCUAGCCUCAGAAACCUUCACUAUAUUCCCAGAACCCCUGCAAACCCUAAGCUAUGCGGCCAUCCAACAUGACCCAACAUUAUCAGCCCUCUACAUCCCCCCAGAUACCGACACUCCCCUCUCACGCGCCACACUCGAAGCCUUAUUCUCCCCAAUCCCAGUUAGCGUAACCGAAUCGCUACUAGUCUACGGCAUAAUUCCCGAUGCAUCAGACCUGCUGGACUUCCUCGCGCCUGUGCUUGCAGAGUACACGUCGAGCGUGACGACCGGCCCGCCGGCGUGGGCAAACACGCGCGCGGACGCGUGCGAGAUCUGCGAGCGCGACUGGAUCCCGCUGUCGUAUCAUCAUUUGAUUCCGCGUGGGGUGCAUGCAAAAGUUAUUAAAAAGGGCUGGCAUGAUGAGUGGAUGUUGAAUAGCGUGGCGUGGCUUUGUCGCGCUUGUCAUAGUUUUGUGCAUCGCAUGGCGAGUAAUGAGGAGCUCGCUAGGGAGUGGUUUACUGUUGAGAGAAUUUGUGAGAGGGAGGAUGUGCGGGAUUGGGCUAUGUGGGUUGGGAGGGUUAGGUGGAAGGCAAGUUAG